UUAAAUCACGGUCCACCCACGAUUUUUGUUAGUAUUACUGUCCCAGAUUUCCAACAGUUCCCCUUACCUGCUCCAAACUUUUUACUGAUUUUGGAGGGAAGAGCUGAAGACCAGAGAGAAAGAGCCUAGAUUUACGGGGUGAGACUGAAAGCUGAAGAAAAUGGAAAGACAAGGUCAAGGUUCAAUGGGUACUUGAACGAUGUUGCUAUUAGUGCCAGGGGCAUCAAUGGAUAUCGAUCCUGAUAAAGAAGUAGCUGUGCCAUACAUUAUUGGCGAUCGAUCAACUAGUGAUGUUGUUGUUCGUAUACGAACAGAGGAGGGUAGAGAUGACUGGUUUUAUUGCCAUUCCCAUGUUCUCACCAAGAAGUGCAAAUAUUUUGCUGACCGUCUAUCUGAAAGUUGGCCAACAUGCCAGAUCCUCGAUUCACGUAGUUGUGUCGAAGUAUACUGUCAAGAUUCUGAGUUCAACCACCACGUAAAUGCCCUACGUCUCCUCUAUGUCGUUGCAGAUAGCUCGGUCCCUGAAAACUGGAAUGGUGUUAAAAAUGCACUUGGAAUCCUUCAAGUGAGCAUCAAACUUGGGUGCCCAGAGAUGGUUCGAGGUUGUGUUGAUUACUUGGAAGCAGUCUCAUGGGAGGAGGCUGAGGAAGAGGAAAUUCUGAGAAUCAUACCUGGAUUAGGACCAGAAGCAGAACCCAUCCUUGCUCGGCUACAACCAGUUGAUGCAACAUCCAUAAGAGGAAUUUUUCUCUCAACUCUUCAUUUUGCCACAUCAUCACCUACUCCGGACAUGUCCGAUCUCAAGUCCUCAGCUCAAGAGCAGCUAGAGUACAUGCUAACAGAGGAUGACGAUCCCCCAUUACUAAUAGCAGAUGAUGAGUUAAAAGUUGAGGUAAGAAAAAGCAUAAAUUGUCUCUUAACCUCGUUCUAUGGUUAUUUGGAGGAUUUGGGUCAGCUUCUGGACAUGGACAAGACACGAGAGCUACUAUCUGUGGUAUCAGAUUUGUCAUGGGCAUGUCAGAUUUUGACCAAGUUGGAGAUUAUGAGAGAAUUUGUUAACAGUUGGGUGGAGAAAUCAGAAAGUAUCACUAAUAGGAUAACUGAUACAAACCUGAACCAUGUUGACAUGCUAGCAAUAAUGGCAAAGGUUAUGGAGGUGGGAGGUAAGGUUUUGGAGGCAAUUGCUUAUGGUACUGUCAUACUUCCAACUGCAAAGAGGCUCCAUAUGGUGAAGCUAUGGCUUCCAUUUGUAAGGCUCUCUAAGCCUUUGAUCAGUUCGUGGAGUGUUGAUGUGGAGGGUUCACCACCUUUCAAGGUGGACAAUGAGAUUUGGCAGGGCUUGGAGUCUUCCCUUGUUUCAAUGGUGCUCGCGCUACCAUCUGGAGAUCAGGCGGAGAUCUUGACUCAGUGGUUGGGAACACAUCAUGUUCAGUACCCUGACUUGACCGAGGCAUUUGAGGUUUGGUGUUACAGAUCCAAAGUUGCGAAGAGGAGACUUACACUUUUAGGAAAAAUGAGAUGUAUGAGCAACUCGUCAGAGACGCCACCAAGGUAUUAACAUAAGUCAUUUUUUUGACAUUUUUGUUUCUAUCUAGCAAUUAAGUUGCAGAAAGAGGAAGAUCUGGUGUAUGGAUGGUAUCCCUUGGUUAUGUAAUUUGCAAGUGUAAAUUUGUAUGUUGCUGAGUAAAUUUGUAUGUUGCAGAGUUGUUUACACUGUCAAACCUUGAGGGUGCCGUAAACAUAUCCCAUUAGCGACUAAAGCUAUCAUAAAUUGGGGUUUUUACAUUAUAAAUCGGGGUUUUUCAACCUUGUGUCA